GUUUUGAUGGUGGGGUGCUGAUAAUGUGACGACCAUGGCAGAGCCUGCCGGGGAGGAGCCCAUCCCAGCUCCCCCCGAGAAGCUGGAGGUGAACUUUGCCUAUGGAUACUCUGGAAGGUCAGACCUCCACGGAUGGAUGGACAGAUGGAUGGAUGGAUGGAUCUCGCCUGGUCUGCUGGGUGUCUGUCAGCGUUCGCAACAAUCUGUAUUCGGUAUCGAGCAAAGAGGUCCUCUACUGCAUCAACGGAGUAGCUGUCGGUCAGCUGCCGGCAUGACAAGAGAAAGACGGGAUCACGCCGGCCAUUCCCUUGUCUGUCUGUUCUGGACAGUGCUGGACAUCGAGUCCAACAGCCAGCGGUGUUUCAACGUCCACACGGGCCGCAUCACGUGCAUCGACUACAAUGCAGCCACGGGAUACGUCGCCACGGGUACGCACGUGCAUCUUCAAACACCGACGCACAUUCCUUCUCCCUGGUUGUUGUGUGCCGUGUCAACAGGUCAAGAUGCGCCGCUCCCCCCGCUGCCCCCCGGUCUGGCGCGCCAGUCGUUCAUAUCCCUCUGGCGGGUCGGCGGAUGCGGCGAGGCGGCGCGGCUCUUCGUCGAGGACCCCGUCGUGGAGGCAUGCUGCUUCGCAAACGACGCAUCCACUCUCUAUGCCGUCGUGACACCUGACGUAUCGACACCAGCAGACAACAGAAUUGGGGUCCUCUAUGCGUGGUACGGUGGGUGGGGGUGCGCCAGACGAGGCUCAGUGACGGGUGUCUCGUCAUUCAUUCUCUUGUUCUUUCUCUCGUGUAGGGAAUUGGAGGGGCUGGACCGUGGCGAUCCGCCCCGGUCGGUGAUGUCUGCAGUGGUGUCGGAUCGUCCCGUGUUGGGCAUCACAGCCCACCCCACCGACGCAUCCCAGGUGGUCGUGUACGGCCACCAGCUGCUGAAGGCCAUGCUGUGGAACCGUCACGACGAGGGCGAGCAGCUGGACCAGACCAACGCAUCAUGGGGCGGCAUGGACCUGUCCAAGCGGGUGGCGGGGGCGGGGGACGGCAAGGGGCCACUCAUAGUGACGGAGGCCAAACCGGGAGAGAGAGGCGGGAUCCCACCCAAUGUAAGCAGAGAGAUCAGGAGAUGAAGAGAGACCAGCCACUGCCUCCGCUCUGUCUUGUGGUGUGUUUGUCAGAUCAUCACGUGUUGUCGAUUUUUGUAUGACGAGGAGGUCCGCUCCGCCCUGCAGUGUCGCCCGUCCAACAAACAGAAGACCACGACCAAAGCAGGGGAGCAACCAGCACCAGCAGCGGCAGCAGCAGCAGCAGCUGCUGCGGCGGCCAGUGGGAGGGGCAAGGGCAGUACUAGAGUUUCAAGCACGGUUGCUGCGGCCACGUCAGAGGGGACGGUGGUCAUCCUGAGGGACAUGAUAGCCAUGUGUGUCAUCGAACUGCCCACCAGAGGUACCCACCCACCCACCGCCCGAACGAGACACGACAAAGAGAGAGAGAAAGAGAGAGGGUCAUGUAACAAUGUCUGUGUCAUGGAUGUGUGUGUGCAGGGCUUGCGUUGUCGUUUGUGCUGCCCGAUGACGAGGGCGGCUACGUGUGCGGGGGAGACGACGGCAAGAUCUACUUCCUAGAUCCAGACCACAACACAGCUGCAGAACCUGUAAGACCUGCCGUUCUUCUAUACUCGGUGUCUAUGCUUGUGUCUCGUGCUUGUCCCGGACUGCAGAUUGAGUGUAGCCUUGACGGCGAGGGGGUGCAGAUCCGCACGUGCAUAUUCCCAUCCAGACCAUCCAUCGUCAUCGGUAUGUACACACAACACACACACCUCGGCGCAUGGCGACAAAUGAAGAUCCAUCUUUCGGUUGUUGCAGGCACGGUGUCAGGCGAUCUGUGUGUCGUGCACCCAUCCUCGGCCCUCCCCGGCCCCGCCAGCCACGAGCCAUCCGACACGGGCCGUUUGCUGCGGCUGGUGCCGUCACCCGGCCCCGUGUGUGCCAUCGCGGCCCACCCAUAUCGGAACUCUGAGAUCGCUGUAGGCGCACAGAGCAUCGCCAAGUGAGUGACCAACAGAGAAGAGAGGCCACACAGGGAUGUGUGUCGUGGCGUUCAUGAAUGUCCCGUAUGCUGUUUUGGUGCAGGUUCAUCGACGUCGAGCACCAUGCAGAGCUCCCCCGCCGCCCCUACCGUGUCAGCCUCGCCUCGGGCGCAUCCAACUCAUCUCCCGGAUUGGCCACCGGCACACGCACGGGGCCCGCAGCACCUGCAGCAGCAGCCGCCAACAGCAGCAGCAGCAGCAGCAGCAGCGGAGAUGGUGGUGGCCCUCCGGUGUUUGUGACGUGUUUAGCGUAUCAUCUGACGGGUGAGGUGCUGGCCAUCGGCACCAGCAAGGGCGGGCUGCACUUUGUGGCGACGCCUGACUGUGGGUAUGGGACUCCUAUCCAAGACUGCAACAGGCAAGACAUGGCACACGCCUUCUCGCCACAUCCAUCCAUGCACCGAUCCAUGCGUUGUGUCCGUCCAUGUGUGCAGAUUGUGUCGUGAGAGGGUUGGAUCCUGGUCGAUCGGAGACAUGGGUUUCGCCCCGUCGGGGGAGUUCAUCGCCGCCACGUCCGCCUCAUCACCCGAGGCGGCCAUCUACCACGUCGUCGUGCAACUCAGAGGCAUCAUGCCCUACCUCAGGGUGAGAGAGAGAGAGAUUGAGACAAAGAGGAAGGAGCCCAUUCAACUCUGCUUCACGAUUUGUGAUGUCUUGUGGGGGGUCAUGUGUACAGGUUGAGAAGCGUUGCAGUCUGCAGGGCGGCCCGUCCCCGUUCCACGAGCUGCAGUUCUUCGAGGACUCGUCGCUCCUCAUGAUCACCGACAAAACCAAAAACGUACCUCAGGAUAUCACAGUGCGUUGCGCAAAUGGGUAUUCCACUCGCGUCUUGUCUUUGGUGUGUGGGUGCUGCAUCCAUCAAUCAGAUAAUGUGGUGGCGUGUGCCCGAGGGUGCCCGGCUGGACACGAUGCAGGGGGAUGAUUUGGGGGUCAUCCAGUCGGCCAUCUGGUUCUCCGACAGCCACCCAUGGAGACUCACCACUGGAUUCCUCGGUGAGAUGCCACCCUCCCUCCCUCCUUGCUGCUGACCAUACCAUUUGUGUGUGUUCUUUGUGGGUCAGUUGGCGGCAUCGUGGGUGAGAGCAGCGGUGGUCAGUAUUUGGGGAUGGCCACCAGUGCCAUCGUCGGCUGCGAGUCGGCCAGACGACACCACCUACUCGCCGCGGGAACCACAUGUGGCAGGUGAGGAAGGAGGGAGGGAGGGAGGGAAGGUGAAUCACGACCGGGCUGCAAAGGAUGUGUUCGUUGUGGGUUCAGAGUGCGUUUGUUUCCUUUCCCGUGUCCUGCCGUGGCGGACUGCCACGAGCACUGGGGGCACGCUGCAGCCAUCUCAUCUGUCAAGUAAGAAGAACACAUCUGUCUCAGACACCGACACAUGUGUGCUGCAUGUUGAUUGACACGUGCGUCAGGUGGACACAGGAUGACACACUCAUCACCAGUGGCGGCAAGGACAACUGCAUCAUACAAGUGGGUGCACACACAACACACCGACCUGCCCGGACCACAACACACAUGGCAUCCGUCUUCUCUCUAUGCAGUGGCGCAUCAUCGACUCCGACGCCCCUUGCCCGGCUCCCCCGAUCAUCGAAGAAGAGCCCAGCACAGCGGCAGCGGCAGCAGCGCAGCGGUCGCCACUCGCCCCCUCCAGCAACCAGCGAAUGAAGAAGGAGACCUUCGGCGUGGGGCCACCGUCCGGCUACGGCCCCCCAUUCAGGGGUCCAGCGAUGAUGGUACCGCACAUGCGACCGAGCUACCCAGCACCCCACGGCAUGCACGCCCCGCAGAUGGAGGAGGCCGGCGUGUAUGGGGCGCAGAUGAGAUCGCGGAGAGGGAGAGCUGCAGGCCCCUUCAUCUCUUAUGGCUCUCGCCUGCCCGGCCCGCCCGGCUUCACGGGCCCCGGUGUUCCCGGCUUCGUCCACGGGCGUGUGGAGACAGUGGACACCGACAGCCGCAUUUCGUUCCCCCUCCCGCAGCCAUCACCCUACGCGUCGUUUCGCCCUCCCCCUGGCUCGCCGGCUCCAUUCCAGCUGCACCACUUCGCCAAGCGGCCGCCGCCCCCCUCGCCAUUCAUCCGGCCCCACGGACCACCUAUCGGCGGCCCGCAGGCUCAUGCUGGGCCGCGAAUGAAUGACGGGAGCGUCAUGCGGCCGCCCGUGCCUCCGUUGGGGUGGAUCAUGAGCCAUGGUGGUCGCCCGAUGCUUCCCAUGCCCCAGAGAGAGGAGGGCCCGACACAGCAGCAGCAGCAGCAGCAGCAAGCGACGAGAGAGGGCGAGAUGGAGCAGAAGCAGAGGCCACAGACGGAGAGAAAGAGGCGUUCGGCAACCGAUGAUGAGUCUCGGGAGGUGGCGGCGUUGGUGACGUCUCGCUACCCCGCCCAUCGCCCAGUGCCCAUCCUGCCGUCGAAUGGUCCCCCUGGCCACCCACCGGUGGUCGGCCUGCCGCAGACACUCACACAUCGCCCCCCUGGCCCUCCGCCACCCUUCACGCCGCCAUACAUCCUCUCUCUACCCUCUCGCCCACCGCCGGGGCCGCCCAUGGGCCCGCCGAUCAAAGCGCCCCCAGCAGACUUCGAGGAACAGGACAUCUUGAUCGACAUCGACCUGGAUCCUCGGCCACCGAGCCCUGUGAUCAAACCCUGUCCGAGCAAGAAGGGCAGGAAGAAGCGCCGUGCGCAGAAGUGGCAAAAUCACAGCCCAGAGGUGAACCGUCUUUUUACCCAGCAGCCCCCUCAUGCUGACCGCCCCAGCAGCCCUGCCCCCCUUUCCUCCCUCCUCACACUCGGAGUCAACAAGUCCGCAGCCAUGGCCAUGUCGGCCGAUGACGGAACGCGCGACUCACUCCGCUCGCAGAUCGACAAGCUCCAUCCCGGUGAGGUGGACGUGAUGCUGGGCCUCGUCAAGCAGCACAUAGAGGAGGUUCUGGGCCGUCUGGGGUUGCAGGAUGCCUUGUCUUUCACAGCCACUGAUCUGGAGGGCGCCUUCAAGAUCGUCCAUUUGCUGGAGCAGGGCAGCAGCGAGUGGCGGCUGAUGGGACGAUUCAUCCGCAUGGCCUCCACCGAGAAGAUGACCGAAUAUGGGCCUCAACGGCCUCUGGUGCUAUCGGCUGACUCGCUGCCCACCAUGUCGGUGCUGCAGCAGCAGCCCCUCGCCAUGGCCAUCUACAUGCUCAUCGGAGAUCAGCUGAGAUACCAUGGAGAUAGCCUUCAGCUGCAGCUGCUUGACAACGGGACGUAUCGGCUGCCUCACGUCGGUGACUUUCGUGUGGUGCCGCUGGAUGAGUUGCCGGCCAACCAUCCCUUUGCUGUGGGCUACGACGAGACCGACCCAGUCAUCAGCGAGUCGACCUUCAGUCUCCUUGGCAUCUUGCCCCGCCUCUUUCCCUCCUUCACGUCAUUUCUACAGGGCGCUCUGCUUGGCAGGUGGUGUCGGGGGUCUUUUAAGGAGGUAGGACACCGUUCACUCAGUAUCCAGAUGCUGACUGUCGAGAUUCCCGAGGAGGAGGGCAUCACCGUGGAGGUCGGCCGCCAGGGUCGUGAUGCGCUGGACCAUGGCUACAUCGUCGUGAGCGGGUACCGGCCCACCGACACGUUCAUCGCCUUCGCGUACCUCUCACACCUGGGAAUGAGCUCACUCUCUCUGCACACCUCUGAACGGCGUGCUGACUACUCUUCUGACCUGAUCACCGACCGUUUCCCCCUGUCGGCGGCCAUGUGGCCCCCUGUGCUGGGACGACUCGACCUCGCUCUCGAGGACAUCUUGAUCGACAUCGACCUGGAUCCUCGGCCGCCGUCCCCUGUGAUCCGACCCGGCCGAAGCAAGAAGGGCAGGAAGAAGCCCCGUGCGCAAAAGUGGCAAAAUCACAGCCCAGAGGUGAACCAACAGAUGUGACACAAUCAAUGAGUGUACAUAUGUUGGUGCCUGCUGUGUGUUUUGUUUUGUAUGCGGGCAGCAGCGUCCGAGACUCGAAGGGAAGGAAGAGGAAUUACAAGGAGAACCGGGCCCCCAGACCCCCGCCCGGGAUGAGUAGAGAGACAGGGCGAUGAAAUGGG